AUGUCUAGGGUGGAAGGUUACGGAGAGUCUGACCUGCGCUCACAGCUACGAGCAUGUAGAACUGAGAUCGCCAUGGCAAUCCAUGACCCCUUCCCACUGCUGUACGGUCUGGCGGAUCACGACAUCAUCUCUGAACAGAUCCUGAGGGAGACUUUAGAGCGAAAGAAAAAGGACGGGAUUCACAAAGCUGUCUACUCACUGCUCACUUUGAUACUGGACCAGGACACCACUGUCCUCCAGGGCUUCUGGAGCAAUCUCUGUAAAGAGUACAAUAAGGAGUGUUACCCAAAACUGGAAACCCUGUUUAUGAACCUUCCCAAAGGGUUAAAGCAGGUGGCCAGACACACAGGGAACCCCAGGCUUGAGCUGCAGGUCCGCAGCCAGUCAGGCAAGAAAAGAGGGGUGGCCGAAAAACAAAUGACCCACCGGCCACAUCAGCAUCAGCACACCAAGAAAGCCUUGACCUCCAGCUCAGGAAGCAAAGGCAAGCCGAUGCGAAAGACAGAUGGUGCAGCACUUUCUCAAGUCUCAGUGGGAAACGGAGUCCAGGCUGUAUCUACCUCGGUCCAGAGGGCCGUGACUGUGUCUGCCAGUGAGCAUCCCACUGGGUGCGGGACAGUGGAGGGGAUUCUGAUCCAGCAGGUCAUUGAGUCUGGAGGUGCCAAAAAAUGCAUCAAGGUUGGAGGAGAAUUCUACUCUUCUGGCAAAUUGGAUGAGACAGCUGGAGUGCACAAGACUGCACAAAACUAUAGUCACCAGCAGGGAGAGCCAAGCACCAGAGUCAUGGAUGUAGCAAAACCUACUUGAAAAUAUUCUAUAUGCAUAAACUGUCAUAAUGUUAACCUGGUACAGUAGGUAAAUCACAUUUAUGAUGCAUAUGUUCAGGUAGAGCAUAAUGAUGAUGAAUGUGCCGUAUGUAAAGACGGUGGGGAGCUCAUCUGCUGUGACGGAUGUCCUCGUGCCUUCCACCUCACCUGCCUGGUGCCACCCCUCGCCUCCAUUCCCAGUGGUACCUGGCGCUGUCAGCUAUGCCAGAGCAACAGAGCAAAAGACAGAACAUACACCCCAAUGCAGCCUGCAGUUCAUCCUCCAGUGACAGAGACGAGCUCCAGUUCUGCUGUGGACUUCUCCUUCUUCUCGUCUCUGUCCUCCACUUCACUCUCCACAGUCACAGGAGGCAAAAGCGCUCAGCCCAUGGGCCUCCAGUCUUCAGAUGGUGAAAUGGUUGGGAUGAGGAUGGCUUGUGGAAUUUGCCACCUCACCCGAGGAGAGUUAAUCACCUGCCCGCAGUGCCUGCAGACUUAUCAUGCCCUCUGCAACUUCCCAAAUGGAAAGACAAGAUGUAGAAAUUGCUCCAGGUCUUGGGGCCCUGAAGGUGAAACAUCAUCUAGGAGUCUUCAGGUGAGUCAACACGUGACUGAUCAGGGCUUAACGCCAUCAGAGCAGCUGCUCAACAGAGAUGAAAUGGACUCUAUAAUGGGUGAGGGCUCUAUAGAUGGGAUCCUACAGUGGGCUUUCCACAACAUUUCACGUCCCCUUUCUGAGUCUCAAGGCUAUUUCCAGUGAUUCAGUGAAUCCACUAGUUCAUCUCAGCUGUGCACAAACAUCAAAUCUCAGUAUCAGGCUCCUCCUCAGUGUUAGUUGGACGGACAUAAAUAAUAGAGCAUACAGAUUCAAUAAUGUGAAGAAAUUAAUGUAUUUGUUUAUCCAUUACUUUAUUCACAGAUUUUAUAUGUAUGGACCUCAAAAGGUUGUUGCUAUUACAAGCUUGUUGCUAUAACAGGGUUUCCACCAAUUAUCAUUUUAUCUCAAACUAAUAUUUGUGGAAAAAAUACAAUAUAUAAAAAUAUAAAAUACA